CAAAUAUCAAUGCAUGGUACUAACUUGGAAGAACCUGGGGUACAUGCAUCUCCAGCAACUCCGAGGUACAUCCCUGAGUCAAUCAAUUCCAGUUGCAUUCUCGGGGUUAGCGAGCCUCGCAACUCAAGCAUCGGCUUUAUGCAGGAUGGAGUCAGAUGGAUUCGCCACGGAAAAAUAGCGUCUGGGCGCUAUUUAUCUAGCAGCAAUGCCUAGCAUAUGGAUUAUAUUAGCUUGAAGGGGUUGAGAGGGUGGCCUUUUUUCUUCUCCUGAGCCAGGCGGGGGGUUGCAAGCUCCUGCUAUCUACAUUGUCUGACUUGGAACCAUUGCCGACUGUGAUCAUGGCAAGGAACUUCGUUUCCGGGGCCUUUUGGCUCGGCUUGAUCGCGGCGGUUUCUGCUCUUCCGGGUGAGCGCCACAUUGUCAACCGGGAUGGUGGGAGCGAUUCGUCCUCGGUUCCGUCGGUUACUCUCAACAAUACUAUCUUCGUUGGACGCUCCUUGCCGGAAUUCGACCAGGAGUUAUUCUUGGGGAUCAAGUUUGCAGAUGAACCGGUCCGAUUUACCCCUUCGACGCUCAAGACUGCCUACAAUGCCAGUGAUAGUGACUCAGGGCUUUACGAGUCCGGUGUGGAUGCGUCGGGUGCCGUGCUCUACAAUGCUACCGAGUAUGGGUAUGACUGUCCCGGAUACGGGUCUGAUAAUGUAAAGCUGGCGGAGCUGGGCUGGGCCAAGUUUGGUGAGAACUGUAUGAAUCUGAAUGUUGUCCGUCCGAAGAGGGACUCGGAUGAGUUGUUGCCAGUGAUGAUUUGGAUCUUCGGGGGUGGAUGGAUGGAGGGAGCGACGGCGGAUCCGAGGUACAACUUGAGCUAUAUCCUUCAUCAAGGAGCUUUGAACGAUAAGCCUGUGCUGGGAGUAUCGAUCAAUUAUCGCGUUGCGGCUUUUGGGUUCCUCAACUCCGAGGAAGUCAUGGCUUCGGGAAACACGAAUCUAGGUCUUCGUGACCAGCGCGUCGCCUUGCACUGGGUCAAGCAGAACAUCGAGGCGUUUGGGGGAGACCCGGAGAAGAUCACGAUCUGGGGAGAGUCGGCAGGUGCCUAUAGUGUCGGAGCCCACUUGGUUACCAAUGAUGGCGACAACGAGGGUCUCUUCCGAGCCGCCAUCAUGGAAUCCGGAAAUGCCGUUGGGCCUCCGUGGAAUGGCACGGACUGGUACCAGCCCAUGUAUGACCAGAUCGUGAAUGCAACCAACUGCACCACAGCCACAGACACCCUCCAAUGCCUUCGCGAAGUUCCCUUCGACUCCCUCUACGCCGUCGCCUACAACGGACUAGAAUGGUUCGGCACAAUCGACGGAAUCUUUCUCAAAGAAUACCCCCAGAUCAGCAUCACUGAGGGCCGCUUCGCUAAAGUGCCCAUCCUCCACGGCACCAACACCGACGAGGGCGUCAGUUUCGGCACGACAGGGACGAACACCGACGAAGAGUGCAUACAGCAGUUGACGGCAUCCAAACGCUGGAACCUCAACCAAGACGAAGCAACCACCAUCCUCGGCCUGUACCCCAACAUCUCCGCUCUGAGCUGUCCCUACGGCUGGGGCAACGUGACCUGGCCCGCUCGCGGAUAUGAAUAUAAACGCUACGAGUCAAUGGCAGGAGACAUCUGCAUGUUCGCUCCGCGACGACUCCUAGGACAGAACAUGGUCAAGUAUGAAGAGAACGUGUAUGCCUACCGCUGGGAUGUGGCAGCCUUGAACGAUACGUCCGUGAUAGGCGUGGAGCAUUUCGCAGAGAUCCCCUUCAUCUUCGCCAAUCCCGUCCAAAACAUCACCGCGUUGGGUAGCGAUCCCGCGCGUCUUGCCCUUGGUAAUCUGGCAGCCCGGAUGUGGACGGCUUUUGCGACGGAUUUGGAUCCGAAUGGACAUGGGGUGUCUGAUAUCCCACAAUGGCCGAAAUACGACCCGUCCGACCCAUCGAACUUUGUCUUCCGGGUGCCUAGGACUGAGAGUUAUGUUGAGGAGGAUACGUUCCGGGCUGAGGGGAUUGAGUAUAUUAACACGAUUGUUAGGUAGGGGUAGUAAGUAGUAUCUAAGUGUUGAUGGGAUUUACUUAGCAUUCCAAGGACUCUUGUGACCGGGAGUUAUCUCCUUUGGUCUGGUGAGGAGCUUCUGACGUGUGUGGGGUCUAAAUUGGUUGGAAGGGGCCGGGGGGGGGAGGGAAUUACCUACUAGUAAGGUACAAGGUAGGGGAAUGUUGGACAAGGGGUUGGAUUAGUUGAUUGAAUAUCAUGUGAUAAAGACCCCGGUUUCAUUUCUUCACGUUUUACGAUUAGAUCAAUCGAUCAGAUAAC